GGGUUGGAAGGGUCCUUGAAGGUCAUAGAAGGGGUUGAGUUGGGUCAGAAUGGUCCUUGAAGGUCAUAGAAGGGGUUGAGUUGGGUUGGGAGGGUCCUUGAAAGUGAUAGAAGGGGUUGUGUGGGUCGGAAGGGUCCUUGAAGAUCACAGAAGGGGUUGAGUUGGGUUGGAAAGGUCUUUGAAGGUUAUAGAAGGGGUUGAGUUGGGUCGGAAGGGUCCUUGAAGAUCACAGAAGGGGUUGAGCUGGGUCGGAAGGGUCCUUGAAGGUCAUAGGAGGGGUUGAGUUGGGUUGGGAGGGUCCUUGAAGAUCAUAGAAGGGGUUGUGUGGGUCGGAAGGGUCCUUGAAGAUCACAGAAGGGGUUGAGUUGGGUUGGAAAGGUCCUUAAAGCUUAUAGAAGGGGUUGAGUUGGGUCGGAAGGGUCCUUGAAGGUCACAGGAGGGGUUUGGGUUGAUUCCGAAACCUCCUGAAAGACCUGAGCAGCGCAGAGCGGUUCCGCCGGAAGGGCCUCCCCCUUUUCCUCGGCUCCAGGUCCGCCAGGUGCAGGACGACGCGGCCCGGCUGGAGAAAGCCUACGCCGGCGAGAAGGCGGCCGACAUCCGGCGGCACGAGCGGGCGGUGAGCGAGGCGUGGGCCGAGCUGCGCGGCAGCAGCCAGGACCGCCGGCGGCUGCUGCUGGACACGGUGGACAAGUUCCGCUUCCUCCGCGCCGUCCGGGACCUGCUGCUCUGGAUGGACGGCGUCCGCCUGCAGAUCGAGGGCCAGGAGAGGCCGCGGGACGUGUCUUCGGCCGACCUGGUCAUCAAGAACCACCAGAGCAUCAAGGCCGAGGUGGAGGCGCGGGCCGACAGCUUCGACGCCUGCGUGGCCAUGGGCACCGCGCUGCUGGACAAGGGGCACUACGCCGCCGACAAGGUGCGGACACCCCGCGACCCACGGCCCCCACAGCCCCACGGCCCCAUGGCCCCACGGCCCCACAGCCCCACGGCCCCGUGCCUUUGUCUGUCUUCAUCCUCAUCCCCAAGUCCCCAUCCCCUCAUCUGGUCUUGUCCCCAUGUCCCCAUCCCCUCUGUCCUCAUCCCCAUGGGGGGGGUCCUGACCGUUUCCGACUCGUCCCCGUCCCUCGGCGCGCAGAUGCUGCGGGAUAAAUUCCGCGAGUUCUCGCGCGACACCAGCGGCAUCGGGCAGGAGCGGGUGGACGCGGUGAACGCGGCGGCGGACGCGCUGAUCGCGGCCGGACACACGGACAACGCCACGGUGGCCGAGUGGAAGGACGGGCUGAACGAGGCCUGGGCCGACCUGCUGGAGCUGAUGGACACGAGGUCGCAGAUGCUGGCGGCCUCGUACGAGCUGCACCGCUUCUACCACGACGCGCGGGAGACGCUGGCGCAGGUGCAGGAGAAGCAGAAGCAGCUGCCGGACGAGGUGGGCCGGGACCUGAACACGGCCGAGGCCAUGCAGCGCAUGCACAGCGCCUACGAGCACGACAUCCAGGCGCUGAGCGCGCAGGUCC